UAAACACAGCAGACACCCUCAGUGAACAAAGCAGGCACCCUCAGUAAACACAGCAAACAACCUUAGUGAACAAUGCAGGCACCCUCAGUAAACACAGCAGACACCCUCAGUGAACACAGCAGGCCCCCUCAGUAAAAACAGCAGACACCCUCAGUGAACACAGCAGACACCCUCAGUGAACACAGCAGGCACCCCCAGUAAACACAGCAGACACCCUCAGUAAACAGAGCAACAGUUAAAUGUUUCCAUCAGAAUUCAGAUUGUUGUCACAAUGAUUCACAGCUGCUUCUCUGAAACACGACUCUACACAACAUGACUCAGCACGAUACACAACAUGAGUCAGAACGAUACACAGCAUGAGUCAGCACGAUACACAGCAUGACUCAGCAUGUGGUCCACGAGAUGAACGGUGAGGAUGGAGUCCAGCUGCUGAGUUUCUCUGAGGUUGAGGAGCUGAUCCACAAAGCUGACGAGGCCUCGAUGAUGUCACAGACCAUUGCCACGGUGACCUCUCUGCCGUCGGUGGAGGUCCAGGAGGAGGCGGUUCCUGGUUCUCUGGCAGAGAUCACAGGGUUGGAGGCCAAAGCGGGCGGUGAGCCGAGCAUGGCGGAAGCAAGCGCUGACCAGCCCGUCACCAUGGUGUUCAUGGGAUACCAGAGCGUGGAGGACGAGGACGAGACCAGGAGGGUCCUGGGUCUGCAGGGGACUGUGAAGGCGGAGCUGGUGCUCAUCGAAGACGCCAACGGGAAGACAUCACCUCAGGCACAGACACUGGCUCCGCCUUUGCCCGCCUCCCCUGCCCUGCCACCUGCUACCAAAGCCCCGGAGAAGAAGCGGGCGGCGAGUAAUGGGGAGACGGCGGGGGAGACAGCGGGGGAGUCAGCGGGGGAGCCAGCUGGGGAGGUGUCGCAGGUGAUGGGCGGCGCGGUGGAGGUGAAGAAGGUGAAGCAGCCGUGUAAGUGCUGCAGCAUCAUGUGAUCCUGCAGGGAGCGCCGCUCCCAUGUAUAACCACGUAAGAAUAAAACGGACGGAGACUUUCCAGGACAAAAGCUCCAACCACUGCCCUCAGACCUGCCCCCUCCCUAAUGACAUCAUUUCCUGUUUCUUCAUCCUCCUGUUUUAUAAACUUUCUUUACUUUUUCUAUUUUCUGAAGCCUUUUUACUUUUCUACUCCUCGUGUGUCUGCACGGCGCUACCACGCAACCAUUAGCAUUAGCAUCAGCCCUGCAGUCUGUUCCAUGAAGCUCCUCCCCCUCUAUGACAUCACUGAUUCUGGAGUCAUUUGAUUGGUUUGUACGUUUCAUCGUUUCUGGUUUUACAAAACAAAAUAAACGAGAGCUGACAGACGCAGACACGCCUCCCAGUCUGGAUCAUUACAACGCCUCCUUCACCUUCUCCUUCACCUCCCUUACCUCCACCAUCUUUAUCACCUCCUCCUUCAUCUCCUUCAUCUUCCUCUCCUCCUCUCUCUACAUUGAAAUGUGUCUCUUUAAUUGCUUGAGCUGAA